AUGGGGGUGUUCCCGCCAAUGGAGUGACUUAUUGGGUGAUUUUAGGACCCAUUUCCUCACUGCUUUUGCAGACAAAAAAAUGGCGUCUUCAUCAUCCAAAACCCUAAUGGAUGUAUUGAAGCAACCAGCAGCAAAGCGCCUAAAACGGGUAUCUUCCCCCAUUUCUAGCGCCUUGGAAGACCCCAAAGACGUAACAUCGGAGCAAAAGCGGAGAAUGGAGUUCAACAGAUCACUCGCUAAGGCCAAAAGGAACCUCAAACUUUGUUCUCACAAAUUAAACCCAAACGGUGAGGGGGUUGGAUAUGUGAAGUUACAGGAACUCUUGGUUGAGGAGACAUGGUUGGAAGCACUGCCAGGGGAAUUUCAGAAGCCCUAUGCACAGAACUUGUGCAAAUUUGUGGAAAAGGAAAUUAGUGGUGGUGUCCCAAUUUACCCUCCACAACAUCUCAUUUUUAAUGCUCUUAACACUACUUCAUUUGACCGGGUAAAGGCUGUCAUCAUUGGACAGGAUCCGUAUCAUGGACCGGGUCAGGCAAUGGGCCUCUCUUUCUCGGUGCCUAAAGGUGUGAAAGUCCCUUCUAGUCUGACGAACAUAUAUAAAGAACUUAAGCAAGAUUUGGGCUGUUCAAUACCACUUCAUGGAAAUCUGGAACAAUGGGCUGUACAGGGCGUUCUGCUUCUCAAUGCUGUUCUAACAGUUAGGCAUCAUCAGGCAAAUUCUCAUGCAAAUAAAGGCUGGGAGCAAUUUACAGAUGCUGUCAUUAAAACAAUUUCUCAGAAGAAAGAAGGAGUUGUUUUCAUUCUGUGGGGAAACUAUGCCCAAACAAAAGCCAGGUUAGUUGAUGAAACAAAGCACUAUGUUCUCAAAUCAGCACACCCUUCUGGUUUGUCUGCAAACAGAGGCUUCUUUGGAUGUCGGCAUUUUUCACAGACAAACCAACUUUUGGAAAAGAUGGGAAUACCUCCCAUUGAAUGGCAACUAUAAGCUGCUUGUCAACCAUCAAUUUUGGAAUGCUAGUGCCGCCGGGAUUUGCCAUUAAGAAGUGAUUCUUCUAGGAUUCAUUCUUCUGCAUCUGCUGCCUUAUUAGGCUACUAAAACUUGCUGACUACUGAACAAAGAAAAAUAAUUCAUUGAUGCAUCCUUCAUUGCAGGAAGGUCCAUCUUGGAAGUCUUGCGGUAAAUGGAAAUUUGGAUAUUGUUUUGCUGCUUGUUCCUAUUUUUCCAUUCUCCUGUCUAGGAUUUUACUUAGCUUCCUGUUAUUUUGUUAUACUAUGUCGGGGGCAUGUAUAUAUACUACUGCUUUCUAGUUAUUGAAACGCUCUAUCUCUAGUUAUUAAAAAGUUGAACUAAAUCGUGUUUUCUGAUUCUAUCGUGGUAAUUAAUUUGAUUUUUACUGUAAUGGGUCCACUUAUACUCCUUUCCAACUCCUCGAUCCUUGUUAUUCAUAAAAUUGAAAGGGGGUGCGACUUGCUUUAAUGUACAAUAAAUCAAUUUGAACCUUUUGUUUU